AUGGAACUCGAUGCCCUCCAAGCCCAGGUGGGCGAAAUCCUCGAACAGGCCGCCGUAUACUUCCAUAAAGUCCCUGGUUCUGCAGUAUUUAUGCGCUACAUCCAGUCGAGUUAUCAGAACGACCCCGUGCGAUCCGCCAUUGAACUUGUGCUGCUUCUCUUCUUUAUCCGCUAUCUCCUGUCGCCUUCUUACUCGACCCGUAAGCAGAAUUACAUCAAGCUGAGAGAGGAGGAAAUUGAGGAACUGAUCGAUGAAUGGCAGCCUGAGCCUCUCGUCGUCGAGCAGACUCCAUUUGAGGUUACUGAAGCCGAACGCCUUCCUGUCCUCGUUGGCCCUACUGGUCCCAAGACUAAACUCGCCAACGGCCGAACUGUUACCAAUCUCGCAUCAUACAACUUCUACAACUUCAACGGAAAUGAUCAGAUUAAGGACAAGGCUAUUCAGGUUCUACGCACCUAUGGUGUUGGCCCUUGCGGCCCUCCCCAGUUCUACGGUACCCAGGACGUUCACAUGAAGACUGAAGCCGACAUUGCCGCGUAUCUGGGCACCGAAGGCUGCAUCGUCUACGCUCAAUCCUUCAGCACUAUCUCUAGUGUCAUUCCCUCUUUUUCCAAGCGUGGUGACGUUAUCAUCGCUGAUCGUAAUGUCAACUUCGCUAUUCGCAAAGGUCUCGAGCAAUCGCGAAGCACCAUCCGCUGGUACGAACACAACGACAUGGAUGCUUUGGAAGACGCUAUGAAGGCUGUCGCCCGGGAGCAGGCCAAUGCCAGAAAACUUACCCGUCGUUUUGUCGUAACUGAAGGCUUGUUUGAGCUCUCUGGGGAUUCUAUCGAUUUGCCCCGCCUGGUUGAGCUUAAAGAGAAGUACAAGUUCCGCGUUAUUCUAGAUGAAACCUGGUCUUUUGGUGUUCUCGGCCGUACCGGUCGUGGUAUUACUGAGGCGCAAAACGUGGAUCCCCAACAAGUUGACAUGAUCAUCGGUUCCCUCGCUGGACCUCUCUGUGCCGGUGGUGGCUUCUGUGCUGGUCCCAAGGAUGUGGUCGAGCACCAGCGCAUCACAUCCUCUGCGUAUACAUUCUCUGCCGCUCUCCCUGCCAUGUUGGCUGUCACCGCCAGUGAGACCCUCAACCUACUGCAGUGUAACCCCGAAAUCCUGGCGCAGUCUCGCGAGAAUAUCAAGGCUAUGAGGGCUCAAUUGGAUCCCCGCAGUGAUUGGGUUUACAGCCCAAGCGACCCCGAGAACCCUAUUAUGCUCCUUGUCCUCAAGCCCGAAGUUGUGGCUGCCCGUAAGCUCGGAUUGGAAGAUCAAGAACGCAUCUUUCUGGACUGUGUGGAAGAGACUCUUGCCAACGGCGUCUUGAUCACAAGAACCAAGACUAGGCCUUAUGCACACGCUGUCAAGCCCAAGGACGGCGCAUGGUUUGCCCAGCCUGCUCUUCGAAUUUGCGUUACAUCAGCACUGUCUAAGAAGGAUAUUGAGAAGGCCGGUGUGACUAUUCGACAUGCUAUCACCAAGGUCAUGACACGAAAGACGAGCACCAAGACCGCCUGA